GCGCCGCCGCCGCCGCCGCCGCCGCCGCCAGCCCCGCCAUGGGUCGACAGAAGGAGCUGGUGUCCCGCUGCGGGGAGAUGCUCCACAUCCGCUACCGGCUGCUACGCCAGGCGCUGGCCGAGUGCCUGGGGACCCUCAUCCUCGUGAUGUUCGGCUGUGGCUCCGUUGCCCAGGUCGUGCUCAGCCGGGGCACCCACGGGGGUUUCCUCACCAUCAACCUGGCCUUUGGCUUUGCGGUCACCCUGGGCAUCCUGGUUGCUGGCCAGGUCUCUGGGGCCCACCUGAACCCUGCCGUGACCUUUGCCAUGUGCUUCCUGGCACGUGAGCCCUGGAUCAAGCUGCCCAUCUACACCUUGGCACAGACGCUCGGAGCCUUCUUGGGUGCUGGGAUCGUUUUCGGGCUGUAUUAUGAUGCAAUCUUGAGCUUUGCCAACAAUGAGUUUAUAGUCUCGGGCCCCAACGGCACAGCGGGCAUCUUUGCCACCUACCCCUCUGGACACCUGGACAUGGUCAAUGGCUUCUUCGACCAGUUCAUAGGCACAGCUUCCCUCAUCGUGUGCGUGUUGGCCAUUGUGGACCCUUACAACAACCCCGUCCCCCGCGGCCUGGAGGCCUUCACCGUGGGCCUGGUGGUCCUGGUCAUUGGCACCUCCAUGGGCUUCAACUCUGGCUACGCUGUCAACCCUGCCCGGGACUUCGGCCCCCGUCUGUUCACUGCCAUCGCGGGCUGGGGCUCUGAGGUCUUCACGACUGGCCGGCACUGGUGGUGGGUGCCCAUCGUCUCUCCCCUGCUGGGCUCCAUCGCGGGUGUCUUCGUGUACCAGCUCAUGAUCGGCUGCCACCUGGAGCAGCCACCCCCCUCCACCGAGUCGGAGAACGUGAAGCUGGCCCACGUGAAGCACAAGGAGCAGAUCUGAGUUUGCCGCGCCCCGCCUCCUCCCUGGAGCAUCCACUGACUGUACAGGGGCCACUCCCUGGGAGCCGCUGUCGGGAGCCCUUCCGGACUGCAAGGCUGCCUCUGUCCCCUCACCCCACUGGACAGUCCCUUUAGCAGUUCCCCCGCACCCUGUCCAAAUAGGACCUUAGCUUCGGUGGGACAGGGGGUAGGGCCAGUACGUCCUUUUUCUCUCCCAGCGGAGAGAAUUAGCAGCAGGUGUGAGUGUGUGUGUGUGCGUGUGCGUGUGCAUUUGCGCACCUGUGCACAUGUGUGUGUGGUUUCCCAGGUAUUCAGGGUAAGGGACCACAUGGAAAAGCUUUGCACUGUGGGGGGAGCCCAGAGGAGGGCAGGGGUGACAGGUGUAUCUGUGAGGGAGGGAGGAGCCGGAGCGCUCCGUUUGGAGGGGGCUCCGGAUAUGUGUGUUUCUCUGUGUGUGUGCAUGUUGUGUGCGUGUGUGUGUUGUGUCCUUUCUAAGUGGGGGCUUCUAUAAACUUAGGGGAAGACAGGCCGGGAAGAGGGGCCACAGCUCAGCUCAGAGUUCUGACUGUACCUUGGUAGCAGUGGCGUUUCUGUCCCAAUGUAGGUAUGAGGAUGAAGUCCAGGUCAUAAGUUUCAUGUUUGCUUUUGUUUUUUGUGUUUUUUUAAAAAAAUAUAUAUAGCAGAUGUUACAGUUUGAGGGGUGGGGGUUGGGAGGCACUAAUCUUCACUCCUUUAAUCCUCCACUCAAGAAUGUAUUCUUUUGCCUUUUAUAUAUAUAUGUAUAUAAAGAACAAUAAAAUGAAUGCCUAGCACUGCCU